AUGGAACUGUAUCUAAAAUCUCUGGAUCAUGCCAGAUUCUUCCAUCCUGCUCCCCACUUUGUCAACAGAGUGAAGGCAGCAGACCCUCUGGUUGUAUAUGAUUCGGAAAGCCAAUACUCACCAGAGGGGGGGCCCGCGACAGGCAGAGGGCGGUCAGCAUGCGCAUCUUUACCGCCAACAACGCCGGCCGCCCUUUUCGAGACGGUCGAGCCGGCCGAAACCGACGGUACUGCCCUUAAGGACGACGGCGAGCGUCCGCCGAGACCGACGGCACUGCCCUCGGAAGACGACGGCGGCGAACGCGCGCCGCGGCCAGGCUCGCCGGCGUCCACCUGGCCGGCUGCUCGACGGGCAGCCGCUUGUCCCCUUCAGGAUGUGAUUGCCUGAUUGAAAACUAGCGGAAAGAGCUACGAGCUUGGUGGAAACGGCACGGAGAAUCUGGAAGCGCGAUAUACCAUACUUUACAAGGUAUGCCACUCCGUGGGCACUAGAUACCCUUACAAAACUCUAGCCUCCAGUGCCCGUCUGUUUCCUGGGAGGACGAGCCACUCGGCGAUGCAUCUGAGGACGAGUACGUGGUCUGCUUAUCCACUCAUGUAUGAGAACCUCCAGUAUUGCUGGGUAUGUAGCGCUCUAUUUGUAUCUAGCGAACACAGAGGUAGCCAUUUUUAUUGUCAUUCCACUGAAUUUACCUCGUAU